AUGGCAUCAUUACAUGGUAACUGCUAUCAAGUAGAAUGUACUACUGGUGCCACUGCCUCACCUGGAGGCAGCAGUUUUAACCCAAAGUACUAUUCACUUGCUUGUCUACGUAUGCUCCUCUUCUUAUCAGGAGAUGUUGAACUCAAUCCUGGUCCUAUAACAGGCAAGAAGCUUGAUAUGGAUGCACUCACGGAUAUUUUUAGAGAGUCUGUUCAUCAUUACAAAAUAAUAGGGGAUGGGUUGAAAUUACCCAUAGCUGAUGUGAUAAGCAUGCAAGGGACACCACAAGACAAACUUAGAGAAAUAUUCCAGAGGUGGUUUGAAGCUGAUAAAGAUGUCAAUUGGGAUACAUUGAUAAAGCUUUGUGAUAAAAAACCUGAACUGGGUAAAGCAAAAAAUAAAAUCCUGGCAUAUUUAGGCAAGUUUAACCUCUGGUAA